AUGGAAAAAAAUCAGACACGAGAAGAACGUUUAAAGAUGCUUCGUGAGCGUACGAGGCAAUCUACUCAUGAGAAUCGCAAAGAAUUGGUAAAAGAAAAUGCAAGAGAAAAAGUGGAUCCUUCUCUGGAGCAUCGUUUAGAAAGAAAACGUUUGGAGGCAGAAGAGGAAUUGGCAAGAAUAGAAGCUGAAGAUAAUGGAGAGGAUUAUGAUCGAAAGCGUGCUUGGGAUUGGACGAUUGAAGAAAGCGAAAAAUGGGAUCAGCGAAUCCGCCGAAAACAGCAAACAAAGAAAGCCGCCGAUUUUACAGACUACCAUGAACAAGCCCAAAAAGAUUAUAUGAAAGGCAUACGUGAAUUAAAACCCGACCUGCAGAAGUACAAGAGCGAGAAAGAACAGCAAAACGACCAGAAUUCUAUUUCGCUGUAUGACGAAGCUGAUCGACUUGACUGGGUCAACAACAAACCUAAUAAAGAAAAAGUUGACCAGCUCGUUGAGGACCUUCAAAAGCAAGACAUGCGACGACAGAAAAAUAACAAACGAAAGGGACAAGGCAACGAAGAUCACAUUACCUUCAUCAAUGAGCGGAAUCGCAAAUUCAACCUCAAGCUUCAGCGAUUCUACUCUAGAUACACAAAGAACAUCCAAGAAGAUUUGGAACGAGGUACAGCUUUAUAA